CCAUUCGAAUAAUGAAUAUGUUCAGGAGGUGCUGUGAAAUUGAUCAAUCAUUUCUAUUUUUGAUAUCUUUAGUCGAGAUCGGAGGAGAAUGGACAUCAUGGUCAAGUUGUUCAAAGUCUUGUGGUGUAGGAACGCAGAAUCGAACAAAAAUGUCUGACGGGGAGAUCAUGCGAGAAGAACAGUUUUGUAAUCUACAGUAUUGUCCUGGCAUUGGUGUUUCUUGCUCAGGAAGAUACUGCCAUCAGUUCGAUGGCAUGGCUGACUGUAUAAAUAAAGUGUGUAUCUGUAGAGUGGGACGAAAUUGGUAUCAAUAUGACUACAGUAGAUACUAUAACAAAUAUAACUGCUAUCCUGAAGUUGGAAACUGCAUAAUUCGAGAAAGUCCACAAUUUGCUCUUGCUCAUGUGCAAUCGUUAAAAUAUGGAUAUACAUUACGGAGCUGUGUUGCUAAUGACAAUCCUCACUACGAAGUACACAUGAUUGGAAUUUAUGGGGAUUCUUGGUCCGAGUACAAGAUUGUGAUACAUCCAAGAGGGGAAGUCAAAAAACCUUUAGUUCUUGUGUUAUCGUCAUACCACUCAACUUCGUGGUGGAUUGACACAAGUGUUCACAUAGAUUCCAUUAUCUAUGGAAGCACUAGAGACAGCGCAAGCCAACCUAUAAAUUUAUAUGACAACUCGAAGUGUGGUGCUUCAAACAUUAUAAAAUGGGAAAGUAUGGGAUCCGCCUAUGGAUCUGAUACAGGAGGAGGGAACACAGUUAAAGUUAUACUCGACAUAGAGAGAAGAUACGGACCCGUGACCUCAUUUUCGGGUGUAUAUACGUUGUACUCACCUAGAAUUAUCAAACUGGAGGUAGGAGGAAAUCCACUACAGAAGGCCUCACCUAAUGGAUUUAAGUACAAUGAUAUAGUACAGUGUGAGUCAGUUACUCCUAAAUACUCUGUGGUAACCUCCACAAGACCAACAACUACGUCAUCGGACAAAGAAACUAAGGAAGAGGAGGGGCUCUCAGAGACUGAAAGUGUUGUCAUUAUUCCAGUUGUUUCAGUCCUUCUAGUUACUGGCAUUGUCUGUCUGUGUAUUUGUUGUGUGUACAAGAGAAAAGCAAAGUCUACACACUACAUGUCUACAUCGGACAGAAAUUCUAGUCAUGGAGUUGUUGGAGACCAGGCCAGAUCUUUUCCCAUUUAUGAAAUAUCAGACAGAAAUAGUACUUCAGUUUUUAAUACAGAUUUUUCCAAUGACUUGUCUUUCACCCAAAUAAUACCACCAAUUAACUCGACUACAAGACCUUCGUCCGUUAUGACCACAGAUGAAGGAUUGUCAUAUGAUGAUACACGAUUCCAAGCACUGGACGAUCUACCUCCACCAUACUCUUCAUGUGUCCAAGAAACUCCACAACCGAAGACAGAGUCGUCUUCUUGUAUGCCAACCCUUGAUACAACACAUUCCUCUUCACGUGAGCACAAUUCUCCAGAGCCCCCGCCUAGUUACUCAUCUUACAUACAAGGAACGUCUCAAAGAUUAACAAAUUUACCUUCUCAAAAUGACUCUGCACCAGUGACAGAAAGUAGAUAAAAUAUCAACACAACUGCUAGUAUUCCAUAAAUUUACAAGGCAACUGUCGCAACAUCAUAAUCAGUUUUGUUCAAAAACAGUGUGCUGUAAUGGAAUGCACGAUAAAGUCAGUCCACGGCUUUUAAUCCUCAAAUUACAGAAACUCUGUGAAAAAGAUUUCGAAAAAAGAGACCACAUACUUGACAGCAAAAAAUGUUACGUGUCAGACAAGAUGGACAGUUUCAUCAGUGUUUGAUUACACAGAUCCAAAGAAAAAGAGUCUGAAAAGAUAAGAUUUUCAUGUGUACAAAAGUAGAUGUUUGUUUCAUUUGUUCCGAUUGUAUUAAAACUAGAUCUUUAUUAAGGUAGUGAACUGUGUUCAGUAUUACGCGAUACAUAUAUCAUGAUUAAAAAAAAAA